CUAUACAAGGAACUAGAACACUCUCACAGGAGCUCAAAGCAGACUGAAAAUGGCGACGCUCAAAGUGCCGGCCAACGUUCCUUCUCCGGCGGAGGAUGCCGAGCAACUCCACAAAGCUUUCCAAGGAUGGGGCACAAAUGAGGCAUUGAUUAUCUCCAUAUUGGCUCAUAGGAAUGCAGCACAGCGAAAUCUGAUUCGACAAACUUACGCUGAAACUUAUGGAGUAGACCUCCUUAAGGCAUUGGACAAAGAACUCACGAGUGACUUUGAGCGGGCUGUAUUGCUGUGGACACUGGAGCCUGCAGAGCGUGAUGCAUUUUUGGCUAAUGAAGCUACAAAGAGGUUCACAUCAAGCAAUUGGGUCAUAAUGGAAAUAGCUUGCACUAGGUCUUCACUUGACCUAUUUAAGGUGCGGCAGGCAUAUCAUGCCCGUUUUAAGAAAUCCCUGGAAGAGGAUGUUGCACAUCACACUACUGGAGACUACCGCAAGCUUUUGGUUCCUCUUGUGAGUGCAUUCCGAUAUGAGGGAGAUGAGGUGAACGUGAUGUUAGCAAAAUCUGAGGCAAAGAUACUUCAUGAGAAAAUCUCAGAGAAGGCUUACAAUGAUGAGGAGGUCAUCAGGAUUAUUUCUACAAGAAGCAAGGCACAGCUAAAUGCAACCCUCAAUCACUACAAUGAUGCAUUUGGAAAUGCUAUCAACAAGGAUUUGAAGGCAGACCCUAAUGAUGACUUUCUCAAAUUAUUGAGAGCCACCAUCAAGUCCUUGACUUGUCCUGAGAAAUAUUUUGAGAAGCUUCUGAGGCUGGCCAUCAAGAAGCAAGGGACAGAUGAAUGGGCUCUUACCAGAGUAGUAACAAGUCGGGCAGAGGUGGACAUGGAACGAAUCAAGGAGGAGUAUCACCGAAGAAACAGUGUACCUCUGGAACGGGCAAUUGCUGGAGAUACUUCUGGAGACUAUGAGAAAAUGCUUCUUGCUCUGAUUGGACAUGGAGAUGCUUGAGUAAUUUUCUGGACUAGUAGUAAUAAUAUCUCUGUCCGGUUUGUGUAAACUGGCUCAAUAGUAUUCUGAUGCUUUUAAAGAAAACUUCCAAGGUCCAUGCUUAGAUGUUAUGGACUUUGCUACAUGUGAGUCGUAUUUGCUUGGAUGUGUAUUGUGUUGGUUGUGUAAAACCCCAGCGUCUGUGUUCUGGUUUGAAGAUGGACAGUUUGUGAUGAAUUCCAGCAUUUUGCUAUGUUUUAGUUCUGGUUU